UUGGUUAAAUUAGAAGAAGACGCAGAAGAAAAAUGGUGGCAGUGAGCAGGGCAUAGCUCAGACUUAUCUUUGAGGAAAGCAACUAACGUAGCUACAUCUGUUAGCCGGGAGAGGGGCUGGGGUUAUUGCAUGGGUAGUGUGGAAAGCCUUUAUAGUUUAGUUUUAUCCUCAGUGGUUAUUUUACUUGCCAUGUCUACCAACGUUGAUGUUGGAGGUGAAAAGCUUGCCUCUGUAGAUUUCGAGAUAUUCGGGAACGUCCAGGGUAGGUAGGCUUACUAGGCUACCCUGCGCAUGUUCAGUUGUCUGCCUUGGGGGUGAGCCUGUGCCUGUGUUUGCUUCAGAAUGUACACAGAAGACCAGGGGAAGAAGCUGGGUGUUAAUGGCUGGGUGAAGAACACAAGAGAAGGAACAGUGGUUGGCCAGUUACAGGGGCCCCAUGACAAGGUCAAUGAAAUGAAGGUGUGGCUGAGUAAGGUGGGGAGUCCCAGCUCACGCAUUGACCACGCCAAGUUCUCUAACGAGAGGGACAUCCCCAAACUGGAAAUCCAUGGCUUUGGCACUCGCUACUGACAGCCAGAGCAGCGACAAAGCACCGCAGCAGCAAGUAUCCACCCUGAGGCCUGCCCAAAAGGAAUUAGUAGCUUCUCAACUUCUAAGGUGCUUGAUUUGACCUGUAAUAUUCAUAUCUUCACAGUUUUAAAUGUAAUUCUGAGGCCUGUUAUGCCUUUUAUUUAUUGUUUGAAGAAUAGUCAUUUGAAUGCUCUGUUAUCAUGUAACCCACAAAAGAAGUUUGACAUGAUUAGUUUGCUAAAUGCAACUUUUAAAUUGCACUUAAAUGCCACCAUGUAUGUCAAUAAUAGUCAACGUUUACAAUGUUGAGUUCAUCCCAUCAAAGACAGAAAUAAAAUGAUUUAGUGAAA